CGUGCUCGCACAGACACUACAAAUGGAGAAGAGAAGGUGGUUGGGUUCUUCUCUUCUGGAAGGCCAUCCAAGAAAACUAACCCCCACUCAAAAGUACAACCAAUGACCAGGCAAGAAUCAAACAUUUUCCAUGAAUCUCCGGCCCCCUAGCAUCUGCAUGCCCUACCAAUCUACCACAUAUAAAUCAUUCCCCUCCCCUAGCUACAUGGGCUACUCAUAACCACUUCUUCCUUCCAUCUUCUCUUCCAUUCUUCAAUUCUUCAAUUCUCUCCUUCCUUGCAUCUCUCUCUGCCUCCCCUGUUUGGGAAGCAACUAAGUCUGGUUAUCAGUCUUGCUAAGGUUGAAUGGCGGAGGAGGAGAUGAGUCUAUCAGUGAAUGGUCAGUCUCGGGUUCCUCCAGGCUUCCGAUUUCAUCCCACAGAAGAGGAGCUUCUGCAUUAUUACUUGAGAAAGAAGGUGGCAUUCGAGAAAAUUGACUUGGACGUUAUCAGGGAAGUCGACCUUAACAAGCUCGAGCCAUGGGAUAUUCAAGAGAAGUGCAAAAUAGGAUCCACACCUCAAAAUGAUUGGUACUUCUUCAGCCACAAAGACAAGAAGUACCCGACCGGCACCCGAACCAAUCGAGCCACCGCAGCCGGGUUCUGGAAAGCCACUGGCCGUGAUAAGGUCAUCUAUAGCAGCUUCAAACGCAUCGGAAUGCGGAAGACCCUCGUCUUCUAUAAAGGUCGAGCCCCUCACGGCCAGAAAUCCGACUGGAUCAUGCAUGAGUACAGGCUUGAUGACCACCAAACCUCCUCCCCCUCAUCUGAUCUGUCAAAUUCAAUGGGAGAGGCGGCACAAGAAGAGGGCUGGGUGGUUUGCCGUGUGUUCAAGAAGAAGAGCCACCACAAGACCAUAGACAGCCCGAAAAGCUCUUCCAUCACUUUAGAUGUAAAAAAUACCCAAAUGUUCAACCCAAGCAACGAUGGUGCCUUGGACCAGAUUCUUCAGUACAUGGGAAGGAGCUGCAAACAAGAAAACGAAACUAGCAAAACAAGCAUGAUUAAUGAUCUCAGCAACAUCAACACCAUCACAAGUGCCAACAAUUACAAUAGCCACACCAACUGGAGGUUCCUCAAACCGAUCGAGAUAGCCAUCAGCAAUGGGCUUCACGAGAGAUUCUUGCAUCUUCCACCACUGGAGACUCCAACGCUCACUUCAUUCCCAAACGAUGAUCGGAUUCAGGACUGUGGAAGCCUGCAGGCAUGUUAUCGACCACUUGAUGACACGCAGACGUUGACCGAUGUUGACCUAGGAGGAGGAGGAGGCACGGCUAAUAUCAACCCGGUCUACCACUCGGGGGCGGAACUCAGUGACUGGGCAGCCCUUGAGAGUCUGGAUCGGCUGGUUGCUUCCCAUCUCAACGUUCAACCAGAGACUUCCAAGCAGCUGCCCUGCUUUAACGAGCCUACCAUGGCCUUCUCUUCACCGGCACCACCAACCUCUGAUGACCAAGACCACCCACUGCUGCCACAGCUUCGCUGCUCCUCCUCUGCCUCCGCCUCCAACAGAUCAUAUCAUAAUACCCACGACUACAACAGUGAAAUCGAUCUAUGGAGUUUCACCAGAUCAUCGUCUUCCUCCUCCGACCCACUGUGCCACCUCUCCAAUGCUUCACUAUAACCGAACCCAGAAGUGAAUUGAAGUGGUAUCAUACACGGUAUAGAAAUUUCCUAGAGUAAUCUUAAGAAGGCCUACUUACCAUAUAUGGUUAGUAGUAUAGGGUUGUAUGUAUUUAAUACCAGUAUUGUUCUUCAAUUAAAUAAAGAGAAAUAUGAUAAAUGAAUAAAUAAAUAAAUAAAUAAAAAGGUUUAUCAUAUCAGUUCUAAUUAAGUUGGGGAGGCAUUGUCAACCAUUAUCUUUUCUUAAUCUCUAUAAUAUAUGUCUUUGGCUGUCA